CGCAGCCGCGAUGGUGGAGGCGUGAGGGCGGCGGGCCGGCGGCAGGCACCGUCCCCACGGGGCGCGGCGGCGGGCCGGGCCGGGCAUGGAAGUGGAGAAGAUGGAUGAGAAUGAAUGGAAGUACCAUGGGGAAGGCAACCAGAGCCUCGUCGUCUCCCACUGCCAGGUGACUUUGAACAACACUUGCUGCAGUGCUGAAGUGGGACUCCAGAACACAAUUUCAGUUUCUGGCUUGGCUGUAGACCUCUGUGAAUGGCGCUGUGUGGUGCUGCGGUUUUUGAAGUCCCCCCCAAACCAGAAUAAGACUUCAGAGGAAAUACUACACCAUCUGCAAAACAUCGUAGACUUUGGAAAACAUGUCAUGAAGCAGUUCUUUGGGGAGAACUAUGUUCACCACGGGGAAAUUAUUCAACUGCCUUUAGACUUCGUAAGACAGCUCUGUUUAAAAAUUCAGCCCGAGAGGCCAGAGUCUCGCUGUGAUAAAGAUAUGGAUACUCUUAGUGGUUACGCAAUGUGCCUUCCUAAUCUUACCAGGCUGCAGACCUAUCGUUUCGUGGAACACCGGCCAAUCCUCUGCAUAGAGAUUAAGCCAAAGUGUGGCUUCAUUCCUUUUUCCAGCCAUGUUUCACAGGAGAUAAAGCACAAGGUGUGUCGCUACUGUAUGCAUCAGCAUCUAAAGGUAGCGAAUGGAAAAUGGAAGCGACCAAGUAAAUAUUGCCCAUUGGAUCUCUUCUCAGGAAAUAAACAGAGAAUGCACUUUGCUUUGAAGAGCUUAUUACAGGAGGCACAGAACAACUUGAAAAUAUUUAAGAACGGGGAACUAAUUUAUGGCUGUAAAGAUGACCAGGAUGGUGUCUCUGACUGGAACGAACUUGCUUGUCACUUAAAACCUUUCUUUUUUCCUUCCAAUGGGUUGGUCAAUGGAUCACACUGUACAAGGACAAUUAUUAAAGAACUAAUCCACGUUAUAACUAUGACGCUACUAAGUAGUACCGACGCCUGCAGGGCAGGUGAUAUGAAGACAGUUCCUGUUUCACAAGGAAGAAGCUACUGUGAAGCAAGUGCUUUUAAUAAGGAGCUAGUAAGAAAUGGUAAACAUAAAUUGGAAAGCUCUGGCUUACCAAGGGGUUGUCUCCUUUAUAAAACCCUUCAGGCUCAGAUGCUUGACAUGCUGGAUAUUGAAGGACUCUAUCCUUUGUACAGUAGAGUUGAACAGUACUUAGAGGAAUUUCCUGAAGAGAGAAGUACAUUACAGAUAGAUGGACCUUACAAUGAAGCAUUUUAUGAGAAGCUGCUAGAUCUUUCAACUGAAGACGAUGGGACAGUAGCAUUUGCAUUAACAAAGGUGCAGCAGUAUAGAAUAGCGAUGACGGCUAAAGACUGCUCCAUCAUGAUUGCCCUUUCACCCUGUCUACAAGAUGAAUGCUCUGAGCAGAGACCUGUGGUACUAACCUCCAAAUCAAGAUUCACCUUCUCUGUGUCUGUCCUGGACCUUGAUCUAAAACCAUACGAAAGCAUUCCUCAUCAGUACAAACUUGAUGGCAAGAUAGUAAACUACUAUUUGAAGAAUGUACAGGCCAAAGAUGACCCAGUUAUGUCCAGUCUAUUCAAGGAGAAUGAAGACUGCACAUUAGUUCUCCAUAAAGUGUAACUGUUUCCUUAAGGUUAUUUUUAUUUGAACACAGUAGAAAGCAAAAGAUUAAUGGAAUACAAUUAUGGUGAUUUUUUUUUUCCUAUUGUGUUCAGUGCAUUUUUCAGCUGUGAAUGUUUUUGCUUUAAGAAAUGAUUUCUAAUUGGUAUGCCUUUUCAAAGACAUGGAAUAGCACUAAAACACACAUUUGCUAUAUAACCUUAAUGAAUGUAUUUAAUAUGACAGAACAGAUAAUGUGCCAUACCUUGGAACUAGAGGACAGAUCAAAUUAAUAGUAAAAGUCUGCUUCCUUAGAAUUGAAAGAGCACAAAAUGAAAGGUUUCCUGAGGUAUUGCAUUAACAUAGAAAGCCUAAUUACUAACAAGAGAAUUGCCUUGGAGCUUGUGCUUUGAGUCUCACUCGCACCUUCUAGGAAGAGGGAAUGCUCUGACAAAACCUAAUAUAAAACUUUAGCAUUAAGUCCACUGAAAAUACAACCAUAGUGGCUACUCAAGUGUUACUGAUCUCCGGAACUACCAUGUAACUGCAGAACACUUUUAAGUACUAAUGCAUGACAUUAAGAACACCAGACUGCCUCCAGAAGUUUUGCUAUCACCUUGUAUCUGCCUAAAGCUUCUGAAACUAAGUGAAAAGGGUUAAAGGUAAGCGUCUUUGAAUUUUGUGAUAGCUGGGCUUAACUCAUCUGACAUACUGGUCUUUUAUUUUCCAUACAUUAUAUGCUGCUAUUGAAGGUGAAACCACAGCUCGCUCUUACCUAAUUUAAAUUGAGCUAUAAGACUAAUAUAUUCUGAGUUUUACAGAUUAUUUCAGGUCUUUCAGAGUGUGUCAAAUGUUGGCAUUAUUUCACUGAUAUCCCACAUACUGCAUAGCACAACCAGCUGCUUUCUGGCUUGUUCUCUUUAAGUGACACAGAGGAAAGGUGACAGUAUCUGAUGUCCCCUGAAGUUGCAGGGGGUCACCUUCUCGUCAUGAGUACUGGAGCUCAGCUUGCAUCACCACUCCUGCAAUUUAAUGAUGGCUUGACUUUGUAAACAUUGGUAUGUGCAGGUGAUGUCUUGUGAGAUGGUGCAGUAAAAGCUACCCUGAAGGAAGAUCCUGAGUUGGAGCCAGGGUAGAUUCAAAACUGAGGGUAGUAUGAUAAAAUCUACAGCUGCUUUUCCCAUACACUUGGGGAUUACGCACCCCAAAAUGUGCAGAGAGAUGCUAUUCAAGCUACAGUGAACUGCUGUUACCUAGAUACAGCAUGUGGUUCCUGGUAAUGUUUUUCAAAAUAAUGUAGGCUAACAUUUACGAAACAUAGAUUUAUAUUGUAAUCUCAAUGUAACAUUUGAAUUGUUCCAUUUUAUCUGAAAUUCAGAAAGCAAACCCAGAAAGCCCUGUAUACUGGCACGACUCAAGGAAGGGAUAUGAAAUGUGGAGUAACACCACUGAGAGCAAUAGAGCAACUUGUAUUCCGCCCCCAGGUGCUGGCGUGCCUUUCUGGUGUAGACAGGGGCAUGGGCUGCUCUCGCUGAAAUGGGGUACUACAGCACUGCAGUAGGCUGGUAGUUGACAGCAGUGAUAACCCCUUCUCUCCAAAGCAAACCUGGGAGGGAAGAGAGCUAUUUUUAAAUCCAGAAAUCCUCCAACUGUUAGUUUUUGGGGUUUUAUGCUGUAAUUUUACACACACUUCAUAUGCAAAUAGAAGUGUCUGUGCUGAUCAAACAGUUUCAUUUUCAUGCAAGAAGGAGCUAAAGAUUAAAUAGAGGUUACACAAAACCAGCUAAACCAGUACCAUUGUCAGUGGGUAAAGUAGCAAUGAAUUUUGCCUGUCUACUGGAUUCCAAACUUGAAAUUAGUUUGCCUUAUAGCUAACAAGAUAAUCUUAUUACUGAGUUCAUCUAAACUUAAUCUCUGGCAUUGCUCAGCUGUAGAUUCUGACAGAAAACAAGUUGGUCUGUCAGUUAUUCCUGACCUAUCAGAACAGUAGGAGACUAUUUCAGCAAUCAAAUAGCAGAUUAUUAAAAGUACAGUAUUAUACUGUUGCUUUAGUUCUUGAUUUCUCCACCUAUUUCACUAUUGCUAUGUAAUAUUUUGUUAUAACUUAUAAGCGGAGCAGGCAGUUGUACUGCUUGCAUGGUUAGAGAGCUGUGGGCCUGAAAAGGAAGUCUUAAUAUUACUCGAGAGUCCACAGUUUGUGUUUUCAGCCCCUUGAUUUCCAGGAACUGUUACUCCCUACCUGAGAAGUACGCGACUCACAAGUGUAUAGCUUUGCUCGGGAUGGCUGGUGCAGGGCAGGAACUCUUGACACGUGCCGAGAGUUCACAAAUGAGCUAAUGGUACAUCCGAUGGAAGCAAAUGAAGAUGACAAGACAUCUGUCUAAUCGGUUUUGUUUCUUCAGGGAUGAAUGUAUGAAAUAUGCGAUGCUUUCGUAACGUGUUACCUACUGGAAUUUUCCCCAGAAGUAGGAAAUCAAAAUGAAGUACUGCAGUGAGCAGUCAUUAACUUGUCCAUCUCUCAUUAUGGAAGUGUAAUGGUCCUUAGCUAAUUUAAUGCUGUCUCUACUCAACACUUACAUUGUGGAAAACAGUGACUUCGUACACUUACUCUUUUUUUUUUUUUAAGCGUAGUAUGUCUUUGAAAUCUUCAAAUUGUCUACUUCCACCCUAAUUUAAUGAGAAAGCUAUUUAAUUCUUUGUUCUAGGAGUCUCUUACUGUUCUCUUGUCAUUUUAAAAUCACUGUACUUUUACAGAGCUGUGAAAUGAAAUGGAUUUUUAUGGACUUGAUUUUGACAGUGCAUGAUCUUUUAACACUUUCCAGGUAUCUAGAAAAUGUUAAGAAGAUAAACCACUCUGGUACAUUAAUGAUUCAGAAAGAUAAAUUUAUAAUGAAAUCACUCUGUACAUGUAACUAUUUUAUUUGGCAUUUUUGUAUUUAAAUGGCUGUAUUUAUUUUCAUGUCAUGACAAUUUAUAUAUAACGUGCCAUAAUUGUACAGAUAGCAUGUUUUAUGAGUAUGGUUUCUAAAUGGAAAAUAACUUAAUGUUUAUAUUCAAUAAAAUUAUAGACUGUGUAACACAAUAUCUUAAUUAAAACUACUUUUGAAAUUGC